AAUGGUAGAGGAGAGGAGCUUUGCUUUCUCCCAACCCAUUCAUUCAACCACCUCUCUCUCUCUCUCUCUCUCUCUCUUCUCUCCUCUCCUCUCCACUCCUCUCCUCUCCUCUCCUCUCCGUCUCCAUAUAUAUUUAAAUCUGCUCGUGCCUGAAGUUUCUCGUGUGUCAGACAGAGAACCCAAAAAACAAAUCUCAGUCUCACUUAACAUAGAGAGAGAGAGAGAGAGAGAGAGAGUUGUUUAUAUGUUUGUAAUGACGAGGCAGAGCAGAAUCAGAUGAAGUGAAAGUGGGCGAAGCAAAAACAAAAGACCUCUGUCUGUUGCAAUGCAAUAACCAGAAUCCAGAAAGACUUGUGUGGGUUGUUUUGGUUCCUUCCUUCCUCUUCUUCUCUCUGUCCUGUCUAUCCCUUGUGCUGCUAUCCCUUCCCUUCUCUUUUGUAUGGACAUGAAGAAGAAGCCAGAUUCACUCCUUCCAUUAAAGAACACCACCAGCAGCUACCCACCAAAACACCCACCAACCUCUUCCUCUCCUGCAACAACAGGACAACCCCCUCAAUGCUUCCAAACACAUCCAACACCAUCAUUAUCAUUUUCCUCAAAAAAUAUGUCCUCUACUAAAUCCCACUCCAAGAAUCACACUUUUGGCCCUUUCCUCAUCCCCGUUUUCGCUGCUUUCAUCUUCCUAUGUUCGGUCGUCAGCCCCACCGCAGCGGCUCCCGACGGCCACCUGCCCGUCAACCAGACGUUCCGGCCAGCUGAGCAGCUCCGGAGGCUGAAGAGGGUCAAUGCUCACCUGAAGAAGAUCAACAAACCUGCUGUCAAGACCAUUCAGAGUCCUGAUGGUGAUCUGAUAGACUGUGUGUUAGCUCAUCUUCAACCCGCUUUUGACCAUCCCGAGCUAAGAGGACAGAAACCAUUGGAACCACCAGGGCUGAGGCCUAGACGAAAUGUGUCGGCACAGGAUGGGACAGAGACAGAGACGUUUCAGCUUUGGAGAGACAGUGGUGAGUCAUGCCCAGAAGGGACCAUACCCAUCAGAAGAACCACGGAACAGGACAUCCUCAGAGCAAGUUCCAUUAAGAGGUUCGGAAGAAAGCUUGGCAGAAGGAAUGUUAGAAGAGAUUCAACAAGCAAUGGUCAUGAGCAUGCAGUCGUGUUCGUGAACGGAGAGCAAUACUACGGAGCCAAGGCCAGCAUUAAUGUGUGGGCUCCUCGCGUCACCGAUCAAUACGAGUUCAGCUUGUCACAAGUUUGGCUCAUCUCGGGUUCAUUUGGCAAUGACCUUAAUACCAUCGAAGCGGGUUGGCAGGUAAGUCCAGGACUGUAUGGCGACAACUACCCGAGAUUCUUCACUUACUGGACAACUGACGCAUAUCAAGCCACGGGAUGCUACAACUUGCUUUGCUCCGGCUUUGUCCAAACCAAUAACAAGAUAGCCAUCGGUGCAGCAAUCUCCCCAAGAUCAUCCUACAAUGGAAAGCAGUUCGAUAUUGGUGUUAUGGUGUGGAAGGACCCGAAGCACGGGAACUGGUGGCUAGAGUUUGGACGGGGCCUGCUCAUUGGGUACUGGCCCUCGUUCCUGUUCAGUCACUUGAGAAACCAUGCCGACAUGGUCCAGUUCGGGGGAGAGAUUGUGAACACAAGGCCAUCCGGGUUCCACACGUCCACUCAGAUGGGCAGCAGCCACUUCGCCGGAGAAGGAUUUGGGAAAGCCUCCUAUUUUAGGAACCUGCAAGUUGUGGACUGGGACAAUAAUCUUCUUCCUCUCAAGAACAUUCAUGUCUUAGCUGAUCACCCGAAUUGUUAUGACAUUAAGCAGGGACAGAACAAGGUUUGGGGAAAUUAUUUCUACUAUGGAGGUCCUGGAAGAAAUGUCAGGUGCCCUUGAAGAAAAUUAUCAUGACACAGGGUACAGAGUCAGCCCUUUUUUUUAAUUUACUUCUCAAAUUUUUACCAGUAUUUCUUUCUAGGAUAGACAUGGUUUGGGUCAUUUUUGCCUCUAUAAUGUGAAGUUCAUCUCAUCAUUCUCUAACAGGUUUAUGAUUAAUUCUCCCACAUAGGGGAGACUAUGUAUAUUGGAACCCUGAGCUGUUAAUAAUAUUGGCUUGUUUCUAUCUUUU